AUGGCAGAUAUUUAUCAAGAUGUUCGCAUACCUACUAGCAACGAUAGUGUAUAUAAGGAUGAAUGCCUCUAUUCAUUUGAUAGUCCUGCCUCGGAAAAUGGACUUUUCAUUUGUAUGUCAACAUUUUAUGGAGUUGGAAAAGAUCAUGUUGCAAGACAUUGCCAUCUUAAUCCAGGGAAGAAUAUCUUUUUACAUAUAUCACGAAGACGAAUACCGGUACCAGUGGAUCCGAAUGUUGAACCAACUAGAGUAACAAAAAUGGCUAUUGGUGUUGAAGGUGGAUUUGAUGUUAAUGGACCAAAACGAUUUACAUUUGAAGAAAGAUACGCAAUUUAUAUACAUCCAAAUGUCAUUAUUCCAUAUCCAGAUCAAGCUAGUACAUUACCUGAACAUGUUAAGCAAUCAGCUGAUGCUAUUAUUGCUGCUGAAUCAGCAUUUUUGAAAGAAGAACGCACAUCGAUGAACGCAACUUGGAAUGGAGAAAUUCGUCAAGAAUCAAAACACGCACAAACAUUAGAACAAUUAAAUAAUGGUAGAAAAAUUCCGCCAAAUGGAUGGAAAUGUGAACAAUGUGAUUUAAAAGAUAACCUAUGGUUAAAUUUAACUGAUGGUGCUAUUUUAUGUGGAAGGAAAUUUUUUGAUGGUACCGGCGGAAAUAAUCAUGCAGUUGAUCAUUAUUAUAAAACAAGAUAUCCAUUAGCUGUUAAACUUGGAACAAUAACGAACAAAGGUGCAGAUGUUUAUUCUUAUGAUGAAGAUGAUAUGGUUGAAGAUCCAAAUCUUGCCGUACAUCUAUCACAUUGGGGAAUUAAUAUGAUGAAGAUGGAAAAAACUGAUCGAUCGAUGGCUGAUUUAGAAAUUGAAAUCAAUCAGAAAUACGGUGAAGCAUCUAUGAUUGAAGAAGCAAAUUCAAAAUUACAACCUCUAUAUGGAGCAGGAUAUACUGGUAUGAAAAAUCUUGGAAAUUCCUGUUACAUGAAUUCUGCAAUGCAAGUUUUAUUUACAAUAAAAGAUUUUCAAGAAAAGUAUUAUAAAAAUUGUGAAUUUUAUUUUGAUCAUGCUAAAGAUCCAGUACAUGAUUUUAAUGCACAAACAGCUAAACUAGCAUUUGGCUUAUUAUCUGGUCUUUAUUCUCGGCAAAUUCCUUCUGAUGAGUAUUUUCCAUUUCAACCACCAUCAAUUGUUCGACCACAAAUGUUUCGUUCUCUCAUUGGCCAUGGUCACCCAGAAUUCGGUACCAAGCAACAACAAGAUGCUGCAGAAUUCUUAGAAUAUUUUCUUGAACAAGUACAUAAACAUUGUAUAAAUGAUCCAACGCCGGAUGCAUCACUUGAUCCGAGUACGUGUUUUCAAUUUCAAUUAGAAGAACGUCUCUAUUGUCCAGAAACAACUCAAGUUAGAUAUUUAACUCGAGAUGAUAUUAUGUUUCGAAUGAAUGUUCCGUUGGAUGCUGCAAAAAAUAUGCAUGAAGUUCUUCAUUAUAACAAAACAAAAGCAGAUAUGGAAAAACAAGGACUUAGAACAAAUGAAUUACCAGUUGUACGUCCAAUCGUUCCACUGACACAAGCUAUUGCUCGAUGGGCUGAGCCAGAAAUCGUCGAAGAUUUUAGAAUAAAUCGAGAACGACCAAAAGCAACGAUUCGAAAAACACAACGAUUUUUGACCUUUCCAGAUUAUUUUCUCAUUCAAUUAAAAAAAUAUACAUACAAUGAUGAUUGGACGCCAAGAAAAAUAGAUGUCUCAAUGGACGUACCCGAUGAAAUUGAUCUUAGCUCACUACGUGCAACUGGUUUACUAUCUGGUGAAACACCGAUGCCAGAUGACGAUGAAAAGGCUACUCUACUUCCGAAAGAACAAAUCAAUGAAGAUCUUUUAGAACAACUUGUUAGUAUGGGUUUUUCAAUUGAAGGUUGUAAGAAAGCAUUAGUUAAUACAGGAAAUAAUAGUAUCGAAGCCGCAAUGAAUUGGGUAUUUGAACAUCAAGUGGAUCCUGAUUUUGAUACACCAUAUCUUGUAUCAAAUAAAUCAUCGACACCUACUGCAGAUGAAGAAAGUUUGGGUAUCCUUAUGUCAAUGGGCGUAUCUCGGUCACAUGCCAUUCAUGCAUUAACUGAAACAAAUAAUAAUGUCGAAGCAGCCAUUGAUUGGGCACUUAGCAAUCCUGAAAAAGCUUCGACAUCACAUUCAUUAACUGAAGCCUUACCUGAACCUUCACUAUUCGAACAUGUUAUUCAAAAAAAUUCGCGUUUUCGCGAUGGUUCCGCUAAAUAUCAUCUUGUUGCAUUUAUUUCCCAUAUUGGUAAUAAUACAUCAUGUGGCCACUAUGUUGCACAUAUUCAUAAAGAUGGCCGAUGGGCAAUAUUUAACGACGAAACUGUUGCAAUGUCUGAACAUCCUCCAAAAGAUUUAGCUUAUCUCUAUCUAUACAAACGCACAAGUUCAUAA